GAAGUCCUCGUCUCGCUUCCAGCAGUGCUUUGAGUGGAUCGGGUGGGAAGAGUCCAGCAUUUUUUACCCGCUCUAGCUGUGCGUACGGCAGGAUGCUGUUCCAUCAAGUUACGCGAGCGUUUACCCUGGGGUUUGUUUCAGCACCUUGCGCCCGGGGAGGAAAAGGGAGUAUGGGAGGAGACGCAUAGAUCGUUCUCCUUUUCAUCCGUUGGGCAUGUCUCGCUGAAAUGUUCCCAGUGAUUCAUCCCUCUGGAUUAUGGCUCUAAGUCGAGCAAAUAGCCAAAUUUUUGACCAACCAUCUUUCUCCAUUUCCUCAAACAAAUCCAAUUACCAAGAAAGACGUUCCCAGUGUCCAGGGCUGAUUGUACAUGUGAGUUGGAAGAUGACGCCAAAGCAUGGAAAAGAGGAAUUUGUAACAGUCUUGGUACGAGACCCCAGGAUACAGAAAGACACUUGGCAUUCACAUAUAGACUAUGAGAUCUUCAUUCAUACAAAUAGCAUGUGUUUUACGAGGAAAACGUCUUGCGUCCGACGACGUUUUCGAGAAUUUGUGUGGCUUCGUCAGAAACUGCAGAGUAAUGCUGUGCUAAUACAAUUGCCAGAACUUCCAUCCAAAACUCCAUUUUUUAGCAUAAAUAAUCCCCACCAUGUGGACCAUCGUCGGCAAGGUUUGCAGGAAUUUCUCCAAAAGAUCCUCCAGUGUCCAGUAUUGCUUUCAGACAGUAGACUUCACCUCUUCAUACAAACCCAGCUAUGUCCAGACGAUAUUGAGGAAUGUGUAUCCGGACGUACUAAAUAUUCUGUUGCUGAUGCGAUCCACGAGUUUGCCAAUUUGAAACGACGGUUUCCUGUGGAACAUGAAGAGAGGAAAAAUGAAGAAAAUUAUGCAGAUUCAGAUUCUGAGAGUUCAUCCUCAGGGCUUGGACACAGCAGUGAUGAUAGCAGUUCACACGGACGUAAAGGAAGCACAGUUCCUGAAGAACCCUGAAAUAUCAUUUGUAUAUUGCCACCGCUGAAAUGACAGAGAUAGUUUCUAUCAUGGUUGAACGUUACAUGUUACACAGACGUAUCACCUGCCAGUUGCCAAAACACGUCUCUUUUCCAUUUUCAGAACAGUUUGUUCACUCAUUCAUUGUAAUAUGUACACAUUUAUAGCCCUUAUACUAUUGAGUAAUACAAAUACUGCCUGUAGCUAGACACCUGAAUAAAUGAGAUUUCUUGUCAUGAUUCUACAGAGCUUACUGUAAGGAGCAAAGAGAAUGCUUACCAAUAUAUUGGAAUAUCUGACAUCUGGAAAUUUACAAAAUGUGCUAUCAUCUGGCAUUUUAAUUUACAAUACAGCUGUCGUUCUAGUAUGAUGAUAGUGACACUAUUCUAGUGUAUUAUAGAAACCAAAUGAUUAUCAAGUCAUAACGAAUACAGAAGAAUAGGUGACCAAAAGGCUUUUCUAGCAAGCACACUGAAAGAGUAACUUUUCACCUAAAAGGAAACCUUGGGUGAGGUUCUAUAGCCAUUGCAGCAGGUCACAAUCCAGUGCAGAGUUAGGCAUGCUUAAACCGACUGAAUCCAAUAGGUGUAGGGCACGCCUAACUCUGUGCUGAACUCAGGCCACAGGCAAUAGUAUCUGGUGUGGGUGUGUCAAGGCCCGCCAACAGCAUGUGUUUGUAGAUACUUUUUAAAACUAAUUUUUAAAAGUAACAUUUCAUAUAGAAAUAUAGCAAUCAGAAUUAUGAAAGAAGGGAUCAUUUUAGCCAGCAACAGAAAUAAACUUCUGUGGGACCGGAUGGAAGUUUACUGCUUAUUUGAAGUAUAUUUAAAGUAACUAGCUGGUUACCUCCAUAGAUACAUUUGUGUAUGCUUUGACUUCUCCGGCACUCCAUCCAGAAUGCAUUUACUUGGAAAUAAGCCCCAUUCAAAUCAAGUAAAUGUGUUUUCAGGACGAGUUGGGGAGAAGAGGCAACUUCUUUGAACCACUGUUUUGUUGUUUUCGUCAGCUUUUACACAAGAUAAAACAUCAGAGUGUCUUGGAGUUCAUGUUGUCACACUGCACAAUAAUAUCUAGUCUCAAUCACUGAUGUCAACUGUUGGAAAAUGUAAUUAAAGCUGCUGUAAUUGUUGCCAUAAAGUGAACGAAAGACAUCCAACAGGAAUACUGCCUAAAUCAGAGAGGGUGAAAUAUGUACUGAAAUAUUUUUGUUUACUUUAAAAUUAUGUAUCUGUGCUCAUUACUGUUAAUUUGAAGCAACUGUGCACUUUACAUGUUAGAGUCUGCUUAUACUCAGUACACUGAGCCUAAAGCCCUCUCUCUCCCUGCAGUGCAGUGCCACUUAUUUAUUCAUGAGUCCGUGAUUUAGUUAUUUCAGCCUGAGGAGCCUGAAGUGAAGCAAAUGUAAGGUUUGGGGUAAACUUUUUCAGAGUUUCUUAAAGCAGUUCAUGUGUAUUACUGUUAGCUUAAAGUUUGUUUUGUAUUGUUACAUAGUAGUAUGUACUUCUUGUUCAGUCUAGACAGCUGUCACUUUCUCUUUUCCAACAUUUUUUCUAUAUCAAAUACUAGUGAAAUACCUAAAAUAUUGAAUAUUUGAUGUUUACUGUUUAAUACAUCCAAAGUGUUUGUAUUGUCACAUCUCAAAAUAAAUCAUUUUGUAUGUAAGCUUUUCCUUUUACUUAAAUAGCAGAUGUUGAUUUGAUUCAUUUAAAAA